AUGGCCUUCGUCGACUCUAGCAAAGGUUACCGCCGUCUCAUCGGAAGUCUCCUCCUCCGCACAUUCUUCGCGAACAGCGCCUUUUGGCUGAGCCACGGCGCCAGCGGAUACGAGCUGGAACACGUCUUUCCCCUAUCCCGGGCUGCGCCGAAAUUUACGCUGCUCCGCCUUUUCAUGGCCGGUUGUUGCGGGCCGCUCGACGCGGGGUUGAGGCUCGAGCAGCUGGCCGAGCAAUUCGGUCCUGGGGAAGCAGUCGCUGCUGUCCUCGAGCACACACCAAACCUGAAGGAAUUCGACUUGGAUCUCUGUGCGUGGAUGGAUCUUACAAAGAAGGACUUCACCGAGGAUGAUAUGCGCCAGGCAAAACUGGUUUUGGGCCGUAGUGUAUCGUGA